AUGACGGGGAUUCCUGGUGUCCUGGUCAAUCACACACUCUGCUGUCACAUGCACAGCUUGCCACGUUUCAUCAACUCUCCCAAGGAUCAGACGGGCGUCUCGGGUGGAACUGCUUCAUUUGUGUGCCAGGCCACCGGAGAGCCAACGCCCAGGAUCAGCUGGAUGAAGAAAGGCAAGAAGAUCAGCUCCCAGCGAUUUGAGGUGACUGAAUUUGAAGAUGGGUCGGGCUUCGUACUGCGGAUCCAGCCACUGCGUGAAUCCAGAGAUGAAGCCUUUUACGAGUGCACGGCCAGUAACAGUGUUGGAGAGGUCAGCACCAGUGCCAGACUCAGAGUGCUUCAGGAGAACAACAUCCCUCUUGGUUUUCCUUCCAUUGAUGUGGGCCCCCAGCUUAAAGUGGUUGAAAAGAACAGAACAGCCACAAUGCUGUGUACUGCCAGUGGAGACCCGCAGCCAGAGAUCUCGUGGUUCAAGGACAUGCUUCCUGUGAAUAUCAGCAGCAGCAACGGGCGCAUCAAACAGCUUCGCUCAGGAGCUCUGCAGAUGGAGAACAGUGAGGAUUUGGAUCAGGGGAAAUAUGAAUGUGUCGCUGUGAACAGCGUUGGGACCCGAUACUCUGCUCCUGCCAAUCUCUACGUACGCGUCCGAAGAGUCCCGCCCAGAUUCUCCACUUUACCCUCCAACCAGGAAGUGAUAGCAGGCGGCAGUGUCACCCUAACAUGUGUGGCAGUGGGCUCACCGAUGCCUUAUAUCAAGUGGACCAGGGGCCUGGUGGACCUGACUCCAGAAGAAGAUAUGCAAUUGGGGCACAAUCAGCUGGAGCUCACCAACAUUCGAGUAUCAGCUAACUACACGUGUGUGGCCGUGUCUUCUGUGGGCAUGAUUGAAGCUACGGCUCAGGUGACUGUCAAAGCCUUACCAAAGCCCCCCACCUCACUCAUGGUGACUGAGACCACAGCCACCAGUGUCACUCUCACGUGGGACUCUGGAGACCCAGAACCUGUCUCCUCCUACACGAUCCAAUACAGAGCCAAAUCCUCUGACAGGGACUUCCAGGAUGUGGAAGGUGUGACUACCAAUCAGUACAGGAUUGAUGGACUUACUCCACACUCUGAGUAUGAGUUUCACAUCAUGGCUGUCAACAACAUCGGCCGCGGGCCUCCCAGCGACCCCGUGGAGACACGCACUGCUGAAGAGGAGCCCUCCUCACCACCUGUGCAUGUCUAAGCUAUCAUAAAGUCAGACGUAGCUGCUGCAGCCAGAUCAGUGGUGUGUCUGUAACAGGAAAAACAUUGUAUGUAGUAUUAAAAGAUCUGCAUGCAUGUGUCUGUGCUUUAAGCAUUCAUGUCAGUAAGACUGGAAAAGGCCUGAUGUAUUAAUAAAGUUUGGCUUAUUUGAAACCAGGAAGGAAAGUCAUCAAAAAUCCCAGGUUAUCAAUAAUAAGCGAACCGCCUUUGUUAUGGAGCGGACUCAGGAUUAAGCCCAAAUCCUGCUUCGUAGAGCAGACCUCUGUUAUAUCUGACUCUGUUUCUUAGGUUCAGUACAAAGAGUAUGCUGUUUGGGUCAUCAGGUUUAAGGAGAGCUAAAAAUGAAACAACAAAAAUAAUGAUGAUAAAGGAAAAAAGCCUCUGAGU